ACAAAGCAGCUCCAACCUGAGUAAAGGAAGAAGGGAACUGAGAAGGAGAAUAAUAAAGCAAAAUAUCUCUAUGUUGUUUAGUGUUUCAGGCUCCAUCUGAAAGCUUUGUGAAGGACCUUCUUAUUUUUCAUUGUUAGUUGAAGUAUUAUAGGAUUUACAAGAAGCAAAAUGGCAAGCAGCAGAGUUAUUAUGACUUCUGUCGUGGUUUUCUUGGCUUUUAUUGCCAUCAGUGAAGGGAUGAGUCUGAGAAGCCUGGGAGUGGAGCUGCACUGCCGCUGCAUCAUGACUGAGAGCAAACCCAUCGGCCGCCACAUUGAGAAAGUGGAACUGAUUCCUCGCAACUCCCACUGCGAUGAGGUCGAGAUCAUUGCCACUCUGAAAAAGACCGGUAAAGAAGUUUGCCUCGACCCUGAGGCCCCUUGGGUGCAAAGAGUGAUUAAGAAGAUCAUGGCUAACAAGAGACGCUGAAGAGCCAUGAGAGAAAGUACUCCAUGAUUGAACAAAUUCAAAGCAUUGAAUAGUAUUUGUAGAUCUGAUGAUCGGGUCUUUACAUCUCCACGCUAAGAAAACAACCAUUCUUAUCAGCUGUUGGAACAAAAGAAUCAUUUUACUGAAGUGUUUGUAUCAAACAUAUUUUAUCACAAAAUCUUUCCUUGUUUGUGUGUCACGUUUACUGUUGUACAGUUGUUAUAACUGCACUAUUAUCUUAAUAUUUACACAAAUGUAUUUAUUUAUCUAUGUAUUUAUGAAGUAUAUAUUAAAGCAUUA